AUUACGUGCGCCUAACAAAACAAUUAACCCUUAUUAGAACUUCCUAAUUUACUAGUUGGGUGAAAUAGUUUUACAGUUUAUUUUCGGACAUUUCGCGCGAAUUACGACUGGGGAAGGUAGUGAGUUUGGGAGAUAUGGACAAGGCAUACAAAUACGCCAAGUCGGCGAUAGUUAACUUCAAAUUGGACACAUGCUGCUGUUUUGCGCCUAUUCGGAUAGGUUUGCUGGUCAUUGGAUAUUUUAACAUAUUUAUAGCUUUACUCUCCCUGAUCGGGACAGCAGAUGGCGGCAUCACGCCGCCGCUCAUGGAAGUGCAGGACACGCUGCUAGAGGAGGAGGAGGUGUCCACCACCGCCGGCGUCGUGGCCUACGCGUGCGAGCUCGGCUUCAGCAUUGUCCUGCUGUGCGCUCUGUACAGAAACGACACCGUGUUACUGCGCGUGUACAUAUACUUCCUCAUGGUGACGAUCGUGACGUCAGUGCUCAUGUACUCCAUGGUCAUCGCGAAGGUCGCCGUGGUCACCAGGAUCCUCAUUAUAGGAAAUAUUGUAUUCAACGGCUACGUGAUAAUACUAGUAAGGAGUGCCAUAGUUGAAAUUAAAGAGAGACUGAAUUUAGAGAAAAAUGGCCACGUAGUGCUCUACUCUGUGGCCGCAGUUUCCCAUGACGUCGAUAGAAAUGUCAUAGAAAUGGAGCCCAUAGCAGAAAACGCCCACGACGAACCAAAAAUAGAGGAAAUUGUCGAAGAGGUCAAGAAUGAUGAAAAUGGCGAAGAAACAAAAACUACUGCAGAGGCAGAGAAACCCGCGAAAUUAGAAACCGUCAAUGAAAAUCUUAAGGAAGAACAGCCUGUACAUUAGACAUGUUACUAAUAUAAUUAAAUUUUUAAAAAAUUAAUCAUUAAUAGACUCCGCGCCACGAAUUGACAGCGCCUUACACGACAUUACGACCACAGACCACAAAUGAAGCAGACCUCUGACUCAGAACAAAGCUUUGUGCUGGUUAGAAAUUUUGUAUGUGUGUAUAAAAAUGUCAUUCAUAAAAUUCUCGGACCUCUCUUUUACACUUGGGAAAAAAUUAAAUGUGGGGGGAAAGUCCUAUCUCUUUCUAAUUCAACACAUGCAUAUAAAUCGUAGUAAAAUUAGGGAUGUGCAAAAAUCGUAAUUAGAGAAAUUAGUGCUGAACACACACACUUGUUGAAGAUUUUUUAAUGUACCGAUUUUAGAAAUUUCCGGUUUUCUCUUACACUACUAGUGCACCUAAAUUUAUAUUUACUUGUUAGAUUUUAAGGAAAAGAAAAGCCUUUAAUAUAUUUAAAUCUAUUUAUUUUGUUAUUGUCUGUUAAUUGUGUAGUGACUCUACCACCGGUUCAGAAGGCAGAUUCUACUAAGAGCCGGCAAGAAACUCAGUGGUUGCUAUUUAAAAAAAAACAUUAUUUACAAUUGUAAUUAUCAUUCACAAUCCCCAAAAUUACAAAUAUUGUGUACAUACAAAUUUUAGGCUGGUGGAAAAUCACUUACAUAUUGUUUUUCUAUAACAUUAUGAGGAUUCAAUAAACAAAUAAAUUUGAGACAGAACAGUGUAACAGAAUCAACAUAAUAUUCUUAGUUCUUUACUAUUUUUUUUUUUUACUUGACUUUGUAAAUUAUUAAUUAUAAAACAAUCAUUUUAACUUAAGUAUAAUAGGCAACCUUUUUAUAAUGUGUCUCUGUAAAUAUUAUUUAUCAUCACUAAAAACAUAUGAGGGUAUAUAUUUCUAAUGCCGGAUCAGAGACCAUUAUAAUAAAAAUAAGUAAGUGUAAGUAAGGUUACCUAAAAACCUAAUUAAAAUUAUGUAAUUUAUUGUCAUACAAAACAAAGAUUGUGAGUUUUGCAAAAUUAUAGUUUUAAAAACAAUAAAAACA